UUCUGCACCCACCCGGAAACCUCUGACAAGGAGAACUUCCCGACCUUCGCCCGCACUAGGCCUCCCGACACCCAGAUCAGCAAGUCCGUCACUUCCAUACUGAAGACGUUCAACUGGAGGAAGGUGACCUUCUUCUACAACAACUCCCCGGACGAAAACUUCAACAGGGUGGCAAGGACCAUCGUGAGGACCCUCCCCCGCCACAACAUCUCCAUCCAGGCGACGAGGAGCUGGGACGCCACGUACCACCACGGCUAUGAUCGGAACCCCUUCGUCACCAUGAUCAGAGAGACCUACAUGGAUUCCAGAAUAUACGUCGUUCUCGGUCACUACUACGAAUUCUUAGGCCUGAUGACUAUCAUGGAAGAGAAAGGCCUCUUUGAGAACGGGGAAUACUUCGUAGUGGGCGUGACCCUGAGCCAGUACGACAAAAACAAACCGGACAAAUACCUGCGGGAUCUUCUGAACGAGCACACAAACUCCACAGUCCAGGCCGCCUUCCAGAACUUCCUGGGUGUGGUCCCCUCCCCCUCCCCCUCCUUCGAGCUCUUCGCCACCAAGGUCAACGACUACCUGGAGAAGCCGCCCUUCAACCACCCAAACGCUCUCACCAGGAUUGGAGGGAGGAAAAAUAUCCGUGCGGAAGCCGCCUACCUGUACGACGCCGUGCACGUGUACGCCCGCGCCCUCAACAACACCCUGAAGGCCGGGAGCGACCCCCACAACGGACGUGCACUGAUCGCCUCCAUCUUGGGUACAACCUACAAGAGCGCCAUGGGCUACAUGGUUCGUAUGGACGAGCGGGGUGACGCGGAGGGUAACUACACAUUAAUUGGUCGACAGGAACACCACCUGAUACCUGGGGAGUUUGGUCUCUACCCCGUCGGAGGAUUCCGCUACAUCGAGGACGACUACAACGGCCUUCCGGUCCUCCACCUGACCAGCACCAUCCCUUGGAAGAUGGGCAGGCCUCCCAUUGACGAGCCCCCGUGUGGGUACAGGGGGCAUAAGUGUCAGUCUCAGACCGUUGAGAUAAUUGCCGGUGUGACUGGCGGAGUCUUCUUUCUGCUGAUCGUGGUGUCCCUGAUCGCCUACAGAAACUGGAGAUAUGAGCAGGAGCUGGACAGCCUGCUGUGGAAGAUCGACUACAAGGAAAUCAAAACCAACGACUGGACGCCGAGCCACAACCCCGUACAAAACAAGCUACCCAGGGGCUUAUAUUCCACGGUGAGGACGAGCCAGCUUUCCCUGAGCAGCAACCCUGACCUUGACUUUCGGUACGCCAGUGUCUACACUCAGCUGGGGAUCUACAAAGGUCGGGUCGUGGCAGUCAAACAAGUGUCCAGCAAAGCCGUCGACGUCACCCGCAGGAUCAAGAAGGAACUGAAGACGAUGCGGGAUCUACGCCACGACAACCUAUUGGGCUUCAUCGGCGCAUGCGUGGAUGCCCCCAACGUCUGCAUUGUGACGGAGUACUGUUCGAGAGGAUCGCUGAAGGACAUCCUGGAGAACGAAGACGUCAAGUUGGACAGCAUGUUCAUCGCGUCCUUAGUGGGCGAUAUCGUGCAGGGAAUGGUUUAUCUCCACGACUCGGCUGUCAAGUCCCACGGGAAUCUGAAGACGUCCAACUGCCUCGUGGACUCCAGGUGGGUCGUCAAGAUCACGGACUUCGGACUUCACGAAUUGAAGUCCGGCACCGAGGCCACCGCCCUGGCUGACCCCGGGGAGACACAGCGGAAGUGCAACGACCUCCUCUACAGCGCCCCUGAGAUCCUCAGGGACACUUCAGCGCCUCCGGCGGGUACCCAGAAGGGGGACGUCUACUCCUUUGCCAUCAUUUUGUAUGAGGUCCACGGACGCCACGGCCCAUGGGGGCGAACUGACCAGAGUCCCGUAGCAAUUAUUCGUCAGGUCAUGACAAGACCUUCUCCAAAUACGACCCCCUUCAGACCUCCCCUGAGCGCCCUGGAAGGAUGCCUGGACUGCGUACGGACCGUGCUGAAUGAGUGCUGGGCCGAGACUCCGGAAGACAGGCCUGAUUUCCGGACCAUAAGGACUAAAUUGCGGCCUCUGAGGAAGGGAAUGAAACCCAACAUCUUCGACAACAUGUUGGCGAUGAUGGAGAAAUACGCCAACAACCUCGAGGCGUUGGUGGACGAGAGGACGGACCAGCUCAUCGAGGAGAAGAAGAAGACGGAGGCGCUGCUGUACGAGAUGCUCCCGAGGUACGUGGCCGAGCAGCUGAAACGGAGGCGGAAGGUUCGAGGGGCUGCUGAGAACUUCGACGCGUCAGCCAUCUACUUCAGUGACAUCGUCGGCUUUACGGAGAUGUCGGCCGAGUCGACGCCCUUGCAGGUCGUCGAUUUCCUGAACGACUUGUACACCUGCUUCGACUCCAUCAUCGGCAACUAUGACGUGUACAAAGUUGAGACGAUAGGAGACGCCUACAUGGUGGUGAGCGGACUGCCUAUAAGGAAUGACGACCAACAUGCCGGGGAAGUAGCCUCCAUGUCCCUCCACCUGCUGGACGCCAUCAAGCGCUUCAAAAUCAGACAUCGGCCUAGCGACACGCUCAAACUACGCAUCGGUCUCCACUCAGGUCCAGUCUGCGCCGGCGUCGUGGGUCUGAAGAUGCCCAGGUACUGCCUUUUCGGCGACACCGUCAACACCGCCUCCCGGAUGGAGUCCACGGGGCAAGCUCUGAGGAUCCAUUGUUCCUGUACGUGCCGUGACAUCCUGGCCAACCUCGGAGGGUACUUCCUGGAGGAGCGGGGCAAGGUCAAGAUCAAAGGCAAGGGGGAAAUGACCACCUAUUGGCUGACUGGGGAAGACCCGGAGCUCAAGCGCCACAGGGAAUGGUCUCGCCGUCAGAGAGGGAUCUCGAGCAUCGGUCUGGCCAAGAACGGCUGCGUCGGGGGCCUGCGAGGGUCCCUGAGAUCCUGCAAGAACGUCCCGAUGUCUCUGCCGAGGACGCUGAGUCUAGAGUCUCCGAAGCGUCUCCGGUUUGCCAUGUCUGAGGAACUGGCCACUCGGGUCGUGAAAGAGGUGAGAGAGGAAAGGGACUCCUCGUCCCCACCGCCCCCCCAGUCACCAGCCUCUGACGACUGCACCGUUCGGAAAGUGAAUCUGGAAGUGAAGCGUAACUCGUGCCCCUGCAUCAAGGAGCACCACUCCCUAAUCAGCAGUGCCUUAGUGGCUCCCACUCCUCCUCCUCCUCCUCCUCUUCCCUCAUCAGAAAAGAGGGCUUCGAUCUCCGUUACCACUGGUACCAUUGCCCAUCUGGAGGUCCCCGUCUCCCCAACUUCCGGUGACGAUGAUAUUUUGUCUGCUAGUCGUAGAACUUCCAUCAGUGAGGUGAUAUCGCGUCCAUCCAGCCUUGUGGAGGGGACCGACGACCAGAACACUAUAAAACAUUCAACGGGAGAACCGCCGCCGGAGGUCCAGCCUCAAUCGUCUUGCUUUGAUGCUGAUUUCUCAAAUGUUCCUGCAUCUUCCUCUUGUCAAACUACAACACCCACUAAUCUAGAUCUCCCGAAAGACACUGGCAAGAGCAGUCCAUUUAGCAUCGACUUGACAAUACCCUUGCCCGUAACCCCAAGUAGAUCAGCCUCGACGAGAUCUGCCAGUACCUCCAGCGCCAUGCCUGUGACCUCGUCCCUCCUGGGGUCUCGGUUUUCCGUCUCCACCAACGGCAGCAGCAACAUCAGCCUCAUAGGCAACGGCAGCGGGAGCGGCGGUACCGGCAGAUGGCGGUCGCACAGUGUGGUACCGCUGGGUCUCAGAAGCGCCACAAGUAGUAGCGAGGCCCUGCCUGCAACGGCUUCGUCCUCUUCAAAUGCCGACGCGAGCGAGACCCGGGCACCGCGCCUCAGAUACUGUAGUAAGCAAGAAGUGUGCUCAACAUCAAAUGACUGUGAGGAGUCGUCCCCUCUACUGUCCAGUGUAGUUAACUAUAGAGUGAUUAACGAAGUGCACAAGCUUCCCGACCGUGAAACACCCGUGUAGGACUUCCCAAAGGCCACUGCGAAGUGAAUGUUCGUCUUUCCUGAGAGUAACUGCAUAUAAUAUAGAACUCCUAAACUUGCCAAGUGUCAACCCUCUUGAUAAAUGACCACCCCAGCAUUCAGUAUCAACACAAAACAACACAAAUCAGCAGUUGCAUCUCCAUGACUGUAGAUGGCACAAAGUAAGUGUUGGGGUAUUUUGGAGGCAGCAGUGAUGGGUUAUGGGUUAAUGAUAGAGAAACAUUACUGAAAGUGACAGCCUGUGCAUUUUCCAAGGAACACUACAGGACUUUUGUGUGUGUGUGUGCAUUGCAGUGAAUUGUAGAUAUAUUAAGUGAAUGGAGUGCAAGAUGUAAGGGUUAAAUGGUGUAUUUGUUUGUGUCUUGGAAAAAGGGUCCCAUUUCAGAGGCUUUGAGCAGAUUAUAACUGGAUUUCUGACACAAACCAGGUAAUCUCACUGCAAACUACAGAUGUUAUUUCGUGCAUAAUUAUUGAUGGAUAUGCCGUGGCAAGGAAAAGACAAUGAAGUGUGAGACACUUCUAACACAACGUCUCAAUUCCUGAGUGACUUUGCCAUUGACAGUGAGAUGCCGUGCGAGGAUCUUGUGUCCAUAGUGACUCUGCCAUUGAAAAUGAUGGAAAUUAUUAAUGGUCGUCAGUAGCCUAAUGGCAGUUGCCUGGUGACUGUUCUUCUGGACUCCUGUGUGGGCAUCAUCACCUGAUGAGGAAACUGCUGAGUCCUCGAAUCUAGAAACUUGUAGCAAGAGUACAGGAGUGUUUUUCAGCCUAGUUUUUUUUUAUUGCAGAUUUUGAUAACAGAGGAAAGUGAGAUUAGCAAAGAUUUUUAUAUUUCAACGCCUAUACCAAGAAAGCGGUCCCCAACCCCCUUUUUAAACGCAUGGUACCAUGUGGAUAGACCACCAUAUAUUUCUAAGCUUAGAGUUCUUUUUUUUUUUUUUAGAAUGUUUCAUACCGAGUUUGAACAAUCAGUAGAUUUCUGUGAGAGAGAAAAAUAUCACGUGGACAGAUCUUCCCGUUCAAAUUUCUAUAUAC